UAGCCCCGCCCCGGAAGUGCCGGGCCGCAGGAGGAGGCUGUUGCCCCCAGCUGCGGUUCGGGCGCUGGAGCUAAAAUGGCGACGAAAACAGUGACCGGGAUUCGUCUCAGUGCGCUGUGUCCAAAGUUUUUGCACACAAAUUCUACCAGUCACACCUGGCCUUUCAGUGCAAUUGCAGAACUUAUAGACAAUGCUUAUGAUCCAGAUGUGAAUGCUAAACAAAUAUGGAUAGAUAAGACAGUAAUAAAUGACAGCGUAUGUUUGACAUUUACUGAUAAUGGGAAUGGUAUGACAUCAGAGAAGUUGCACAAAAUGCUAAGUUUUGGAUUCAGUGACAAAGUUGCAGUCAACGGCCGCGUUCCAGUAGGGCUGUAUGGAAAUGGAUUCAAAUCAGGAUCCAUGCGCCUGGGAAAAGAUGCAAUUGUUUUCACCAAAAAUGGAGAGUCUAUGUGUGUUGGCCUGUUAUCUCAGACCUACCUGGAAGCUAUAAAAGCCGAGCAUGUCAUGGUUCCUAUAGUAUCAUUCGACAGGCAACGUCAGAUAAUUAACCCAGGAGAAUCCAGAGGCAACCUGAAAGCCCUUCUGACACAUUCUUUGUUCUCUUCUGAAGAUAAGUUACUGGCAGAGCUUGAUGCUAUCCUGGGGAAAAAAGGAACACGAAUUAUCAUUUGGAACCUAAGAAGAGAUAAAACUGGAAAAACAGAAUUUGAUUUUGAUAAGGAUAAAUAUGACAUCAGAAUUCCAGAAGACUUAGAUGAAGCAACAGGAAAACGAGGGUAUAAAAAACAAGAGCGAAUGGACCAAAAUGUGCCUGAAAGUGACUAUUCUCUACGGGCUUAUUGUAGCAUUUUGUAUCUGAAGCCAAGAAUGCAGAUCAUUAUAAGAGGACAAAAAGUACAAACACAGCUCGUUUCCAAAAGCCUUGCAUAUAUCGAACGUGAUAUUUAUAGACCAAAAUUUUUGGCUGCUAAAACUGUAAGAAUCACCUUUGGAUUUAACUGCAGAAAUAAAGAUCAUUAUGGAAUAAUGAUGUACCAUAGAAACAGACUUAUCAAAGCUUAUGAAAGAGUUGGCUGUCAAUUAAAGGCAAACAACAUGGGUGUUGGUGUAGUUGGAAUUAUAGAAUGUAACUUCCUAAAACCAACACAUAAUAAACAAGAUUUUGAUUAUACCAAUGAAUACAGGCUUACAAUAGCAGCCCUAGGAGAAAAGUUAAAUGAUUACUGGAAUGAAAUGAAAGCCAAGAAAAAUGAAGAAUAUCCUCUGGAUUUGCUAGUGGAAGACAUACAAAAACGGCCUGAUCAGACAUGGGUUCAGUGUGAUUCAUGUCUGAAAUGGCGGAAGCUUGCAGAUGGGAUAGAUCGCUUGCCAGAAAAAUGGUACUGUUCAUUGAACCCUGACCCACAAUUCAGGGAUUGCAGUGUACCAGAAGAACCAGAAGAUGAUGACUUAAUACAUCCUACAUAUGAGAAAACCUAUAAGAAAAGAGACAAAGAAAAAUUCAGAAAACGAAUGGAAUACAGUCAACAGAUGGCUAAUGAAAUGUUUUUAAAAACCUUUCCUGUUUCUUCAAGUAAAGAUUUUAAAACAUUGUCAUCUGUGAGUGGAAAGGAGGGUAUUCCAAGAUCUCGGUUAACAGAAUCCUCAAACACUUCUGUUACAAGAUCUCUAAACACUUCAAAUAACAGAUUGGUAUCUUCACCUCAUCCAGAUUCUGACAGCAGUCUUAAACGGAGGGCUUCUGGUUGUUUGACACCCAUAACUGCAAAGACACCGCGGUUACAUAAUCAAGUAAUUGACAAUCAUGCUGAAGAUGAUGAUGAAGAUGUUAUCAUUUUAGAGGAGAGUAGUACUCCAAAACCUGCAGUAGACUCUGAUAUAGUGAUAAUAAAAACUGAACAUAUUAGUGAGGAUCAAGGGAGCAUACCCAAAGAAAGUUGUGAAGUCAAGGAACCUUGUGGUACAGUUACUUCUGAGACUAAAUGUGGACACUGGACUGCAGCAACACAAACUGAGAUCCCAAACUUAGUUGUUAAAAAGGAAGAAGAGGAAGAUAGCCCAGGUAGUCUGCUGUCUGUAUCAGAAAUGGACAGACUUGGACCAAACCUUCAAGAAAUUGCAGAUGUUUCUGAGACCUCUUCUGCAGAUCUUGAAAUUAAAGUAAAUGAACUAAGAAAUCAGUUGCAAUUAACAAACGAAGAAAAAGAAACUUACUGGAAACAGUGUGAAAUGUUGGCCCAACAGGUGGAAAUGCUGGAGCAGAAGAUAGUAGAAAUGAAUGAUAAGUAUGUGAAAAAGGAAAUGUGCCAUCAAUCAACUGAGACUAAUACCACAUUCCCUGAACAUUUCCAAGAACAUAGUCCAGAAGACAUAGCUAUUCUGUACCAACAAGCCUUAAAAGAGAUAGAAAAUCUAAAGGAACAGUGCAAUACUCUGCAAAACUUAAAAACUGAAUGCAGCAAAUGUACUAAUGGUGACAGUAAAAGUGAGGUGGAUGAAAUUGCUGUGCAACUUGAUGAUGUCUUCAGACAACUAGAUAAAUGCAGUAUUGAGAGGGACCAAUACAAAAAUGAGAUUGAACUGCUGUCAAUGGAGAAAACUCAAAUAGCCUUUCAGUGUGAGGAGCUUAAAACAGAAAUUGCACAAUUAAAAGCUACAAUUCCACAAGCGGUAGCACAAGCAGGUGAUUCUACAACCAGUAAUGUUGAAGAUCAAGUAAAUUACUCCGAUGAAGAAAGCCUGAAACUGCGAUCCCUUCGAGUAAAUGUUGGACAUUUGUUGGCUACAAUUAUGCCUGAUCUAGAUUUAAAGGAAGUAAAUUAUGAUGUGGAUGUAGUUGAUGAAAUCUUAGGACAAGUUGUAGAACAAAUGCAUGAAAUCAGCAGUACUUAGUAUCGGACUUAGUAGACGUUUGCUCAGCCUCUACUAUAUUGUACAGUAAAUACUGUAAAUAUUGUUUUCAUUUUAUGUUUGAGUAAUUUAGAUAUAUUAUGUGCCACAAACCCAAUGUAAAAUGUAUAUAUUCUAUGCACUCGAAUGUUCUCACAGAUAUGGCAGGUACUUUACUGUGUAACUUUAACUUUAUUUUUAAAGGAACACUGGCAGUGUUGAGCAACCCCAGACAUACUUAAAUUUAAAUGUUUUUGUUUUAAAAUGUAAAUGUAUUUGUAAUUAAAUCUGCAGAUAUUUUUAUUA